CCUUCUGGAACCAAAUCCCCCUACCGGCGUAGUCUUACUUUGUUUCCCUUGAAGGAUGAGCUGGAAGAACUUCGUGCUGUCCCUGGUACUGCUCUCCUUGUGGGGCCUCCAGGAGGAAGGCGUGCAAGCAUGUAGCUGUUUCCCGACUCAUCCGCAACAGUUGUACUGCCAAGCAGAUGUUGUCGUCAUCAAGGCAAAGAUUGUUGGUGUGAUCCCUGGAAAGCAAGGCAAAAAUAGACCCACCAAGUAUGACAUCAAACAAAUGAAGACCUACAAGGGUCCGGUAAAAUUUUUCGAUGCCAUUUACACUGGAGCCAACUCUGCACUGUGUGGCGUCAGUCUGACCAAGGGCACUGAAUAUCUUCUCAUGGGUAGACUGCACUUGGAUGGCAGUCUGCAUCUCUCCCUGUGUGACUUCUAUCAGCCGCUGGAGGCCUUGAGCAACAUUCAAAAGAAUCUUCUGUACCACUAUGGAAAGGGCUGCGCUUGCAUGAUCAGGUCCUGCUUCAAAUACCCAUGCUGCAUGAGUGGCCCGACGGAAUGUUUGUGGACUGAUUUCCUACCCGGGAAGGUGGGCAAUCGUGUCCAGGCUCAAAACUACACUUGCGUCAAGAUGAGUGAUGGCUGUUGUGUUUGGCACCAGCCGGCUAUCUAUGCCCAAAAUGGAUACCCAGCUGUGAAAGGAUAA